GGGGUUUGCCACAAACGUCACUUCCGUUUUUCCAGUAGUGCUGGGACUACCCGAGAGGCAAGGAGACGUUAGCAAGACCGGAGUGGAAGGACGCGAGUGGAAUAAACAAGCCUGUGAGGCAAGUGGAGCAGAGAGAGUGGCUGGUCCAAAGUCACCCAAAUGCCUAAAUCAAAGGAACUUGUGUCUUCAAGCUCAUCUGGCAGUGAUUCAGACGCUGAUACAGCGCAUGCGAAUCAUCUGCUGUCGGAAAAAAGGAAAAAACAAGCAGCCCCAGAAAAGCCUGUAAAGAAACAGAAGACUGGUGAAAGUUCCAGAGGUGCAGCCUCCUCCGUGCAGAGUAGCAACAGAGAUGAGAAUAUGUUUCAGAUUGGUAAAAUGAGAUAUGUCAAUGUACGAGAUUUCAAAGGUAAAGUCCUAAUUGAUAUUAGAGAAUACUGGAUGGAUCAAGAAGGUGAAAUGAAACCUGGCAGAAAAGGCAUCUCUCUAAAUCCAGAACAGUGGAGCCAGCUGAAGGAACAGAUUACUGAUAUUGAUGAAGCAGUAAGAAAACUGUAAAGAUGAGCCAUACAGAAACUCUACUGUUAUAGGUUUAAGUAGUCUUUUUACAUUGGCAUUCGUUUUUCUAAACUAUUUGUUUUCCAAGCUAUUGUAUAUUUGGAUUGCAAACAAUUUGUAAGAUGGAAUGCUUUUUUUAAUGUGCAUUAAAAGUGUAUUCUGAGUGAAGUUA